GCAAGGAGACGUGGCAGAGCGCGGCUCCCGCGCCGGACCGGAACCGGGAGGUGGCCAGGACGGAGGGCUUGGAGCCAUGGCGGCUAGGACGGCGGGUGGGGGUCGCUGGGAGGUAGUGAAGAAGGGCCGGCGGCCUGGGGCUGGCGGCGAUGGUCGUGGCGGCGGUGGGGACCGCCGGGCGCUUGGGGAGGCGAACGGAAUGUGGAAAUACGACCUGACCCCCCCAAUCCAGACCACAAGCACUCUUUACGAGCGGGGUUUUGAGAAAAUCAUGAAGCGGCAGAAUAAGGAACAGGUUCCACCCCUUGCUGUGGAGCCUAAGAAACCAGGGAACAAGAAGCAGCCGAAGAAGGUGGCAGCACUCACUAACCAAAACCAGAAGCAGGGCCGCUUCCGCAGCUUGGAGGAAGCGCUGAAGGCUCUGGAUGUGGCAGCCCUGCAGAAGGAACUGGACAAGAGCCAGAGUGUGUUCUCUGGAAACCCAUCUGUAUGGUUGAAGGACCUGGCCAGCUAUCUCAAUUACAAGCUCCAAGCUCCUCUAAGUGAGCCCACACUGAGCCAGCAUACUCAUGAUUAUCCCUACAGCCUGGUGAGCCGCGAGCUGCGUGGGAUCAUCCGAGGACUACUGGCAAAGGCAGCAGGGUCUCUGGAGCUCUUUUUUGAUCACUGUCUAUUAACUAUGCUGCAAGAACUGGAUAAGACACCAGGGGAGUCACUGCAUGGUUACCGUAUCUGUAUCCAGGCCAUUCUGCAAGACAGGCCCAAGAUUGCCACUGCAAACCUGGGCAAGUUCCUAGAACUGCUGAGGUCUCACCAGAGCCGACCAGCAAAGUGUCUGACCAUCAUGUGGGCCCUGGGCCAAGCAGGUUUUGCCAACCUCACCGAGGGACUAAAAGUGUGGCUGGGGAUUAUGCUGCCUGUGCUGGGCAUCAAGUCUCUGUCUCCCUUUGCCAUUGCCUACCUGGAUCGGCUGCUCCUGAUGCAUCCCAACCUCACCAAGGGCUUUGGUAUAAUUGGCCCCAAGGACUUCUUCCCACUUCUGGACUUUGCCUAUAUGCCUAACAACUCCCUGACACCAAGCCUACAGGACCAGCUGUGUCAGCUCUACCCCCGACUGAAGGUGCUGGCAUUUGGAGCAAAGCCAGACUCCACCCUGCACACCUAUUUCCCUUCUUUCCUGUCCAGAACCACCCACAGCUGUCCUCCUGAGAUGAAGAAAGAGCUCCUGGCCAGCCUGACCAAGUGCCUGACUGUGAACCCCCUCAGUGCCAGCGUCUGGAGACAACUAUACUCCAAGCACCUAUCAGAGUCCAGCCUGCUGCUGGAACACCUACUCAGCUCCUGGGAGCAGAUUCCCAAGAAGGUGCAGAAGUCUUUGCAAGAAACCAUUCAGUCCUUUAAACUUACCAACCAGGAGCUGCUAAGGAAGGGCAACUGUAACAACCAGGAUGUCAUCACUUGUGAUGUGGCCUGCAAGGGCCUGUUGCAGCAGGCACACGGCCCCCGGCUGCCCUGGGCACGGCUACUGCUAUUGCUGCUGGUCUUUGCCAUAGGUUUCCUGUGCCAUGACCUCCGGUCACACAGCUCUUUCCAGGCCUCCCUGACUGGCCGGUUGCUUCAAUCAUCUGGUUUCUUGCCUGCUAGCCAGCAAGUGUGUGCUAAGCUCUACUUCUACAGCCUGCAAGCCUACAGCUGGCUAGAAGAGAUAUUGCCGGCCUGGGGCUCCUACCUGCUCACCAUGGUACAUCCCAGCUUGCAGCUGGCCUGGGCUCACACCAUCACCAUAGUCAACUUCCUUUCUACCCACUGUGCCUCCUACCUUGCCUGGUUUGGCGAUAGCCUCUCCAGCCUCUCUCAGAGGCUGCAGAUCCAGCUCCCUGAUGCCCUGAACCAGCUGCUGCAUUGUCUGAGGGACUUACUCCUAUUUCUCUAUCAGAACAUGCUGCUACCAUUGUGGCAUUUUCUACUUGAGGCCCUAGCCUGGGCCCAGGAGCACUGUCAUGAGGCAUGCAGAGGUGAGGUGACCUGGGACUGCGUGAAAACACAGCUCAGCCAGGCUGCCUGCUGGACUUGGCUCUGCCUGCAGGACAUCACAGUGGCUUUCUUGGACUGGGCACUCACCAUGAUAUCCCAGCAAUAGCCCCUGCCUCGCUGGCCACUGGUUUCUGCGUGGGCAUGUCAUCAGACCCUGCUGAGGGUGGAGGGUGGCAGUUAUGCAUGGGGUCUUUUUUACUUGGUGCCUGAGUUCUAUCUCUUAGGCAAGAGGCCAGUCACCUCUGCCCCAGUUCUUCCGUCUUUGAUGGAGACUGGACCCAGUGGCCUCUCACUACUCAGAUUCCACUGAACACUCUUUGGCCCUGUUGCACACAGCUCCCAGCUCCGUCCUUAAUCUGGCGGCCUCACAAGUCUUCUCUCCACCACCCUAUAUCUGACGUCUGAAUCUUCAAGCAGCUCAUCGCCAAAAAGAAGAGACUCCCAGCAAGUGGCUUCUAGAUUCCUCUGACAAGUGAUUCCUGCUUCCAGACUACCAGCCUGAUGCCUGAGCCAAGGGCUCCACCUGGUCACAACUAUAGCCACUGCAGGAAAAGGAAAGGGACUCCAGAAGAAUCUAGCACCACACUAGGCAACAGCAGCUUCACUUCUACCCACUGGGUAGUCUGGGUUUGGCUGUCAGUGGACAUGGAGGGUGGGUGGAAAUGCCUCUCACCUCAAAACAGCCAAUGUGGACCCUUUGAGGCCCUUCACUGCCCCCUCCAUCAUAGUCCUUCCUUAGAUCUCCAUUCCCCUUUGUGCUAGGGCGUCUGCCUCAAGGUUCAGCUCCUCUCCACUGCCCACACUUCUGUCCUAGAGAGCACAGCCCAGGUAGUUGUGUGCCUUGGGGCCAGGGAAACUUCCAUCAGCCUUUGGAGAUAGGAUUCAGCAUAUGGUUCUUGGGUAUGCCUACUAGGCGGAAUAAAGGACACAGAUUUGACUUCUA